UCCUUUUAACACAUUUAAUUUUUCAUAGAGAGUGAUUAUUAAGGUUAAGAAAAAUGUCUCAGUUCAAGAACUUGUUCAUGGUGUUCACUAUAUUUGCAUUUGCACCUUUUUGUAGCUUCUGUUACAGCACCAAUGCUGGUUAUCUUUACCCGCAGUACUACGAUAGGUCAUGUCCACAAGCACAAGAAAUUGUCAAGUCCAUUGUUGCCAAGGCAGUAGCAAAAGAGGCUCGUAUGGCUGCUUCAUUGCUGAGACUCCAUUUUCAUGACUGCUUUGUCAAGGGGUGUGAUGCAUCUGUACUUCUGGACAGCUCUGGAACCAUAAUCAGUGAGAAGAGAUCAAAUCCCAACAGGAACUCAGCCCGGGGAUUUGAAGUCCUUGAUGAGAUAAAAUCCGCGCUCGAGAGAGAAUGCCCUCACACUGUUUCUUGUGCCGAUAUUAUGGCUCUUGCUGCAAGGGAUUCCACAGUUCUUACUGGUGGACCUAGCUGGGAAGUUCCGUUAGGAAGAAGAGAUUCAAGAGAUGCAAGUUUGAGUGGUUCAAACCAGAACAUUCCUGCUCCAAAUAACACAUUCCAGACUAUCCUCACUAAGUUUAUGCUAAAAGGACUUGACAUUGUUGAUCUAGUGGCAUUAUCUGGAAGUCACACCAUUGGAAAUGCAAGAUGUGUCAGCUUCAGGCAAAGGAUAUAUAACCAAACAGGAAAUGGGCAACCGGACUACACCCUGGACCAAUCCUACGCAGCCCAAUUGCGUACUAGGUGCCCACAAUCCGGUGGUGACCAAAACCUCUUUUUCUUGGAUUUUGUCUCCCCAACAAAGUUCGACAACAGCUACUUCAAGAAUCUGUUGAGUUUCAAGGGCCUACUGAAUUCUGAUGAAGUUCUGGUAACUAAGAAUCUGGCAUCAUUCGAGUUGGUCAAGAUAUAUGCUGAGAACAAUGACCUUUUCUUUGAGCAAUUUGCAAAGUCCAUGAUUAAGAUGGGAAAUAUAUCUCCAUUGACAGGAUCAAGAGGAGAAAUUCGUAAGAACUGCAGAAAGAUCAACAAUUGAAUGUUCUCAUGAAUGUGGUAGCUUGUCCGUACGUCUGUGUUUUAUUCAAUUUCUCAAUUUAUUGCUUUGAUUCAGAUUAAGUUUUCUAAAUGUUGCGUCAAUUUCUGUGGAAAUGUGGAGUGAUGUAAAAAGCUGUUUGUAUAUCCUAAUGAGAGUCCAUUGUCUGCUUCCACAAUUAUUUCACUAUGGUUCUCUUUA